UAUGUACCAGAAUGUCCAAUUGACUCCAAUUCAUUCCUCUUUACCCCUCGGUGUUUUAUUUUCUCCCCCUUGCUUCACAUCAUGGUCGAACUCAGGAAGCGCAAGGCGCCUGCCCCACCUCCAGUCGUGGAGAAGAAGUCCAAACCAACUCCCAAGUCCAAACCAGAGCCAGAUACAACCGAUAAUGAUACUGAAAAAAGCCCCGCGCCAAAGGUGCCCGAGGCGGACGACACAAUCGACAUAGAAAACUUUGGCGGCGAGUUUGAGACCAACGAGGGCGAGAAAACAUCCCUAAAGAAGCUCCUCGAGGAGAGCAAAUCGGGCGUGGUUUUCUUUACUUAUCCCAAAGCCUCAACUCCUGGCUGUACCAAGCAAGCUUGCUUGUUCCGUGACAACUACACCCACCUGAGCUCCACCGGUCUCUCUAUCUAUGGUCUUUCGGGCGAUUCUCCCAAGGCCAACACCAACUUCCAGACAAAACAGAAGCUCCCUUACCCUCUCAUGUGCGACUCCAAAGCUACUCUCAUUGGAGCCAUUGGUUUCAAGAAAUCCCCCAAGGGCACAGUACGCGGUGUUUUUGCCGUGAAUAAACAGGGCAAGGUCCUGCUUCGAGAGGCCGGUGGGCCAGAUGCAACUGUGGAUGCUGUCCAAAGGAUCGUUGCCAAUGCGCCUGGCAAGAAAGAUAAGGAGGAAAACGAGAAAGCAGAAUGA